AUGAGUGAAUUAAACAAAACUUCUGCAAAUAUCAGUACUCAAAUCGAUUACACGACACCAACACCACGCUUUUCAGUGACGAACGAUAAUACAUUAAAUGAUGGUCUGGCUUAUUUGAUGGAGAACGGCUAUGUUGUUAUCAGUGAUAUCAUGAAUCAAGAUGAAAUCACUGAAAACAAAGAUUUACUAUGGAAAUUUCUUGAAAAUGUUGGCGAUGGUACCAUUCAACGAAAUGAUCCUGACACAUGGUCAAAUGGAUGGCCAAGUUUCAGCACUCAUGGUGUCAUUAGUGGAUAUGGUAUUGGUCAAUCCGAUUUUCUGUGGAAUGUUCGAUCGAAUCGAAAAGUUAAAAAAGUCUUUGCUCAACUGUGGAAUGAUCAGCAGUUACUGGUUUCCUUCGAUGGAUGUGGUAUAUUUCGUGAUUGGCGUUACAAUCCAACAUGGAAAACAUCUGGUGGUUGGAAUCAUGUCGAUCAAAAUCCAAAAUUAAAACCCGACCGAUGUUGCAUUCAAGGUUUGGUUUCAUUAACUGAUCAAAAUGAAAAAACGGGUGGUCUUAUUGUUUAUCCACGAACACAUUUACGUUUUACUGAAUUGUCCGAUGUGACAAAAAAUGCCAAUGACUUUGUCAAAGUUUCUGAUGAUCAUUCAAUUAUGAAUCAAGGUAAAACGCUUGGUAAACUCGUACAUUGCCGAGCAGGUGAUCUGAUCCUUUGGGAUAGUCGUACAAUCCAUUGUAAUUCACCGGCAACUGCUUCUGAAGAACGAAAUAAAAAUGAACCUGUCGAUCUCUUACGUAUCGCUAUUUAUGUUUGCAUGAGUCCAAUUUCUUUUGUAUGUGGUCAAACAGUUGAUGAAUUUCGAGAAAAACGAAAACAAAUGCUAGAAAAGAAUUGUACUUUAACACAUUGGAGUACAGAACUUGUUUUAGGAGGUGGCCUCAAUACUGAUUUACCUAAAAUACCAAUCAAUAAAUUCAAUACUUAUCAAAAAGCUCUUAUUUUUGGUUUUGAUGAUAAUAAUGAGGAACAAACAUCAAUAUAA